GGGCGGGGAGCGCGCAUGCGUAGGCAGCCAGACUGCGGCCAGUUUAAGGCCAGGUGAGGUGAACGCGGAAGUACGGUACGUGAGUGUUUUCCAGCUCUUCUGACUGCGGCCGGGUGACGGGUGCGAGAUGCAGGCGGGCGCGGCGCCUGAAGAUGGUCGAGACGGUCCCCGGGAGCGGCUAGCCUUGGGUGAAGCUGGGAGGCAGCAGCAGAACCAUGAAGUGCGGUCUCAAUCGAGGGCAGAACGGUUUCCAAAACAUUCCUACUGGUUGGAUCUCUGGCUCUUCAUCCUCUUUGACCUGGUGUUGUUUAUCUUCGUGUAUCUUUUACCCUGAAUGGUUUGCCUAUGUCUAGAUUAAGAAGUUGGUUCCUGGAGUGAAUUCUGAAAAUGACUACAAACCUCUUGGAGAAGAAAGGAUUGUGCAACAGAACUUCAAACUCUAAGCGACUUUUCUUUCAUUUUACAUACUCUUCAUUUUGGGGACUACAUAAAAUGGGUGAUGAUCUCACCCAUUCAUAUAGCUAAGUUCUUAAACUAGACUCUGAUUGAUGUUUAAAAACUUUUUAAACAUCUGAUGGCUUUACAGGGGCUGAAUAUUGAAAUAUUUAUAUGUAAGGGUUUAUUGUAUCCAUUAAGAAAUACAGUACUGUCUAGCCUAUAACAUCUUAAGGGUUAGCUAGGGUUUCAUAUGAUGCAAAAAUGAUGAAAUAUUAAGGUGAAGUAUUUAAAAAUAAAUUACUGAAAAGCAAGGGAAGAAGGGUUUUGAGAAAAAGGAGUUAAGAGCUGUACAGAAAAUGCAGGCCCACGAUAUAUUGGCUGUAAGUACCAGUUUAAUUUUAGAUUAAGUGGUCCUCUGUUAUGGUUGCCAGUUUGAUACAAGUGCAGGGAAAGUAUGUAAUAUCCAACAUUGGAAAUCUAGAGUGCAUGUCCUCUCACCUGGAUGCUUCCUGCCGUUCAUUCCCUUUUAGGCUUUUGAACUUCCCUAAGAUAAGACUGUGUUUCCAACCUAUUUUUUGUUGUUGUGGUUGCAUUAAGAAUGCUUGUGGCCUGAACAUGGUUUUUAAAAAUGUUUGUACAUUAAAUACGUCAGCAAAGUCAGCAUAUUUACUCAUUUCAACAAAUAUUUGAGCACUUAACUCUGGGCCAGGUACAGCAGUGAGCAAAACAGACAAAAAAAAUCCUUGCCUUCAUGGAGCUUACAUUCUCUUACUUAUCUAAAUGUUAACAAGAAUGUACAUUCUAAGAGGAUCAGAAUUUUAUUUAAUCACACUCCCAAAACAGCUACUAAAAGCCCUUCAGAAGCCAUUCCUAUUAUCUAACAGAUACUCCUUUAUGUAACGUUAGAAAUGGGCUCUUGUUGAAAUUGGUGACAUCUGAUACAUGUGUAUUGCCUCAGUAUUUUGAGGCUAUUCCUUUCCUUUAGAAACAAGGCAUAGAUCUGGUAAACUCUACAUCCUCUCCCUUUUAGAAUGGCAGUUAAGAGUGAAAUCUGGGACUGGUUUUGGGGGAUUUUAAUUGCCUGUUGCUGACUAUGAGGUUAAUAAUUAUGCCUUCAGGAUAUUGUUGCAUCUGCAUGGAGAGAACCUUUUAUGCAAAGGUUGAAGCAUCUAAAGAAACAUAGAACUGGGAUUUCAUUGAGCAUACCAAGUGUGAACGAUUUUUCUGCUGCUUGCUAAUAAUUUUGCCCAAUAAACGUUUAUUACAUAAUUAAA